AUGGAUCUCCAAAGAUCGCAAGUAUGGAGAACUGAAGAAUCGUCGUUCGCAAUUGGCAUGGUGAGGUUUGUAGAAGUGCAGAGUACAGAGGGUCUAGAUUGGGACAUCUACGGUACAUACUCGGAUCUUGCGCUUGGCCCGGAGUCUCGAUACUUACAAUCACGCAACGACUCCCCUUACUCUCAGCUUCCCUUUCCCAUCCGAAGCUCGCACGAUCAAACACCACUCAACACCGCCAUCCUCGGACACUUUAGCGAUUCCAACCUCGUCUACGACAUCAGAAAAUAUUCGGACUCCACAGAUUUCACAUUACAACCUCCCUCCUGCAAUACACGCCGGUGCCCCGCCCGAACCGUCAAGAUGGUCCUCGAAGCGGUGAUGGUCGUUGUCGACAACAGCGAAAGCAGUCGUAACGGUGAUUACCAACCGACAAGAUACGACUCUCAAGCGGACGCCGUCAACGUUAUUUUCCAGACCAUCACAAAUGGAAACCCCGAGUCCUCGGUCGGCCUGAUGAGCAUGGGUGGCAAGGGCCCCGAGGUGUUGGUCACCCUCACGACAGAUCAGGGCAAGAUCCUGGAUGGAUUGCACCGCACGAAGACCAAGAUCAAGGGAACAUCACACCUUGCCACCGGAAUUCAGGUUGCCGGCCUUGCCCUUAAGCACCGUCAGAACAAGUCCCAACGGCAACGGAUAAUCGUCUUCGUCUGCUCGCCCAUCGAGGAGGAAGAGAAGAAGCUAGUUCAGCUGGCCAAGAAGAUGAAGAAGGGCAACGUUUCGGUCGAUUUCGUACUGUUCGGCGACCUGGACGACGACGACACGCAGAAGAAGCUGCAAGCGUUCAACGAGAGCGUCAAGGGUGGUGAGGGCUCCAACCUCGUCGUCAUUCCCCCAAGCAGCAAGCUUCUUAGCGACCAGCUCAUUUCGAGCCCGAUCCUCCUCGGAGACAAUGCUGGCGGAAGCGGUGGUGGCGGCGGCGGUGGCAGCGGCAUGGAAAGUGGCGGCGGAGGCGGCAACUUUGGCGAGUUCGACUUCGACCCUGCCAUGGACCCGGAGCUGGCACUUGCGCUUCGCAUGAGUAUGGAGGACGAGAAGGCGCGGCAGGAGAAGAAGGCCCGCGAGGAGGCCGAGUCCGGUCAGAAAGGAUCUCUUGAGGACAUUAAGGAAGAGGGCGAGGGUGCACCUCUCCUCGGCAAGGAUGGCGAGUCAAGCAGCAAGAAGGACAAGAAGGACGACGACUCGAUGGACACUUCGUAA